GUAAGAUUGUAUAUAGAAUAACACUUGCAGCAGGGUGUAGUAUAUACAGUCUUAAGAUUGUCUUGAAGAUUAAACGAUCUCUAGGUUAGCUUAUUUGUGGAUCAAGAAUCUACGUAAAAGAUGCUCGUGGAGCUGGUCAUACUUGCCGUGUUGAUCGUAAUGUUGAGGAAGUAUCUCUUCAAGAGCAGAGCAGAGAAACUGUACGAAAAAAUUCCCGGCCCCAAACCCUACCCUAUAGUAGGGAACUUGUUUUAUUUCAACCACGCUAAGGAAGAUCCAAUUAUAACUUUGAAGAAUUUUUCAAAACAGUACGGGCCCGUCUACUAUAUGAGAAUGUGCAGUGAAAACGUUGUAUGCAUUAGAAAUACUAGCGAUGUAGAGGUAGUGCUGUCCAAUAACGCCAUGGUGAAUAAACCGGACGGUAACAAAGUGUUAUUUCCUGUGGUAAAUCAAGGACUCUUCACAAGUUCAGGUGAAGAAUGGAGGAAACAGCGAAAGUUCCUGACUCCCGCCUUCCACGUUUCUGUGCUUCAAUCGUUCAUUUCAUACUUCGAGAAGAGUGCUAUUCUCCUAGUGAAGAAUCUGUCGGAGAUGGUGGGGAAAGAAUUUGACGUGACCAAACUGAUGUCUCUCUGCUCCUUCGAUAUAAUUUGUGAGACGGCGAUGGGAUUGGAAACACAAGUCCAGAUCAACAAAAAUUCAGCCAUUUUGAAUGCAGUCAAUGAAUUGAUGAGAAUAUUGACUGAACGUCACUUCAGUGUGCUGCAGAGCAGUUUCUUGUUCCAUUUCAUGUCCAAAGGCAGACGACACAAUCAGUUAAUAAAAUACGUACAUGAAGUUACGGAAGAGAUGAUACGGAAGAGAAGACAAGCGUUUAACACUUCUAAAGAGAUGCACGAAGAAGAUAUUGACAUAGGAACAAAACAGAAAAAACCUUUUUUGGACUUGAUGUUAGAAUACAGCAGUGGCGGCGCGGGAAUGACAGACUUGGAAAUUCGCCAACAAGUCAACACCUUCAUGAUUGCAGGAUAUGACACUUCGCAGACUGCCAUGUCUUUGACUUUGUACUGCCUCUCACACCACCCUGAGAUACAGGAGAGAGUGUACCAAGAAAUUAGGCAGAUAUUUGGUGAAAGUGACCGGGACGCCACCCACCAGGAUCUGCAGGAGAUGAGGUACCUUGAGAACGUUAUCAAGGAGUCCUUGAGAAUGUACCCCCUGACGGGAUUCAUAGCUCGUGUAUGUUGUGAGGAAAUAACGUUAAAAAGUGGAUACGUAAUACCUAAAAACACUAGUGUAGUAAUUCUGAUGGAGGCGAUAUGCCAUGACCCUCAGGUCUAUCCUGAUCCUUACACAUUCGACCCAAACAGAUGGGAGAAGAAGAGCUCCCACUAUUCCUACUUACACUUUGGAGCCGGCAUAAGGAACUGCAUAGGUCAAAGAUUUGCUAUGCUGGAAAUGAAGUCUGUGCUAUCCAGAGUCCUCAGAAACUACCGAAUCCUACCAUCUGACAUUCCUUUGGAUUUAAAAUACUACAUAGUCGUGAAGUCUGUCUCUGGUGUCAACAUUCGUAUAGAACCUCGCGACACCAAAGUAUAAAGCGGUCUUUUUUGAACCGCGUAAUUUCGAAAUGAAACAUGCAAUGAGGUUAUAAACUAUCCUGAAAUAUAAAGGAUGGAUACGUGUAAGUAACUUAGGAUUUAUAACAGUGCGAGUCUGUAUGGUAUUGCAGUGUUGUUUGGCACUUAACAACGGACAAUGGUUAAUAUUACGCAACGGACGGGUUGUGUAAUCAUUGGUUUCCA